UUAUAUGGAAUGUCCCCCGAGGUGUUAUGGUGUUACUAGUCGGUGACCGCGUGCCGUUUCGACCGUGUCAGUUUGCUUGUGUCGGUUUCAUCUUGAAUAUUUACUCUUGUCUCGGGGCACAAAGUCUAACUUCAACUCCGACUUCGCCACCAAUCUUUCACAAUACAAGCCAUACUGAUUCAGGGAUUGUUCCUCGAGGAUUUACUGCCUGGUCUCGCUGGAUUUGGUUUUGUCUUUUGGCUCGUUGGAGCGAACAAAUUUGAACGAGCGACGGUUGAAUCGAGUGCUGCAAUGCUCGAGUACUUUUACUAUAUUAUCAAACAAGUUGUGAAGGGUCUACUGCAAGCCAGAUUCGCUUGAUCUUUGUCGAGUCUUUAAGGCCGUUCAAGGCUUCAGGAAACCGUCGCCAUGUACCAAAGCCGCCAUGCAACGCCUCACCAGCCUUCAGGACAACCAUUUAAAUUUACAGUGGCGGAUUCAUGUGACAGAAUUAAGGAGGAAUUUAACUUUCUCCAAGCCCAGUACCACAGCUUAAAGCUCGAGUGCGAAAAGCUAGCAAGUGAAAAGACCGAAAUGCAGCGACAUUAUGUCAUGUAUUAUGAAAUGUCGUAUGGGCUGAAUGUGGAAAUGCACAAACAGACUGAAAUUGCAAAAAGGCUAAAUGCCAUUUGCGCCCAGAUAAUCCCAUUCUUAUCACAAGAUCAUCAACAGCAAGUUGCUGCAGCUGUCGAACGUGCGAAGCAAGUGACAAUGUCGGAACUUAAUGCAAUCAUUGGGCAACAGCAGCUUCACCAACCUGGCAUGCAAGGACUUCACAGCCACGCCCCUACUAUCCCCCUACCACACCCAGGUGCACUGCCGCCACAGCUCCCCCCAGGGGCUGCAUCAGGUCUACUUGCCUUGUCAGGUCAACCGCCGCAUUUGCCAAUCAAAGACGAGAAAGACUCCCCUCUCACUGGGAUCUUCGCAUUGCACAAAGGAAUGUAUCAUAACCAUGAUGAAAAUGGAUUGUCACGUGGCAAGCAGAAUUCCUUGUCGCCACUCGGCUCUAUGUCCAGACCAGACAAGCUGUAUAGCCGUCCGUCCGACAUGUCCUCUCAUGGUAGUGACGAUGGUCACGAGAGGCACAUGAAUGGAAUGGGAUCCAAAUUGAGCAAACGAAAGCGUGAGGAGAAAGACUCCGGGGAUAGUGAUGGCGACAAGAGUGAUGGGGAGCUUGUUGUUGACGUCUCAAAUGAGGAUGCCCCAUCUCCCCAAAGAAUAGAAAAUGGCCCAGACUCUCCUCCAAUAAAUGAGAAAAAAAGAAGCAAAGAAGCUGGCUCUCCAUCAUCAUCAUCUUCAACACCCUCAUCAAAACACAGAGAUCGGGAUCGUGACCGCAUGGACAGGGAUAGAGAUCGUGAUCGCGACAGAGAUCGUGACCGUGACAGGGGAGAAAGGGACAGGGAUCGCGAUAGAGACACAAAGCCACCAGAGAAGAGCAAGACACCCGUGUCAGCAUCAGACUCUGGCUCCAUCGGCAGAAAAAGUCCUUCCAGGUCCGUCUCUCCUCCUGGAAAACCACCAUUAGCUUCUCAAGGCAUCAGGACGCCGAUCUCUGUGCAUGGUGGAGGCCCAGGGUAUCCAUUCGGCAACCCACACAGCAUGUCUGGGGAUCAACACUCAAGUGCUUCCUCCUUCUCUUCUUCCAGCCUUAUGGCAAGUAGCGGCAUGCCUGGUGCGGGUGGAUUAGGUUUCGGGAGAUCGCCACUGGUUGGUUUCGACCCGUCAGGCCAUUCCAGACUUGGUGCAUCUCCUCUCGGACCCAACCUCUCAGGCGCACCGCCCGGUGGCAAGCCUGCCUACUCCUUCCAUGUCGCUGGCGACGGCCAGAUGCAACCCGUCCCGUUCCCUCCAGACGCCCUCAUGGGCUCAAACAUCCCCCGACACGCCCGACAGAUUAACCAGUUAAACCAUGGGGAGGUGGUGUGCGCCGUUACUAUAAGUCAUCCGACAAGACACGUCUACACGGGUGGUAAGGGCUGUGUAAAAGUCUGGGAUAUUAGUCAAGCUAGUGGAAAAAAUCUAGUUUCAACGUUAGAGUGUUUGCGUGAUAAUUACAUUCGUUCGUGUCGUCUUUUACCCGAUGGUCGUACCCUAAUCGUUGGCGGAGAGGCCAGCACCCUCACAAUAUGGGACCUCGCGUCCUCCCAGCCCCGCAUCAAGGCGGAGCUCACGUCCAAUGCCCCAGCAUGCUAUGCGCUCGCCAUGAGCCCCGACUCCAAAGUUUGCUUUAGCUGCUGUAGCGAUGGCAACAUAGCCGUGUGGGAUUUACAUAAUCAGACGUUAGUUAGACAGUUCCAAGGCCAUACCGAUGGGGCAAGCUGUAUCGAUAUCUCUCCCGAUGGGACCAAGUUAUGGACAGGCGGUCUUGAUAAUACUGUACGCUCGUGGGACUUGCGAGAAGGCCGACAGCUGCAGCAGCAUGACUUCAGCUCUCAGAUCUUCUCCCUUGGCUACUGCCCGUCAGGCGAUUGGCUGGCUGUUGGCAUGGAGAACAGCAAUGUCGAAGUGCUGCAUCAGACCAAACCCGACAAGUACCAGUUGCAUCUUCACGAUAGCUGUGUGCUGUCUCUCAAGUUUGCCUACUCGGGAAGCUGGUUUAUAACUACUGGGAAAGAUAAUUUAUUGAACGCUUGGAGAACACCCUACGGUGCAAGCAUUUUCCAGUCCAAAGAGUCCUCGUCUGUCCUAAGCUGUGAUAUCUCUGCGGAUGACAAAUAUAUAGUCACUGGCUCGGGCGACAAAAAAGCCACACUCUACGAAGUCAUGUUCUAGGAAUCGUCUCACGCCAGAUUGUAUAUAUUCCCAAUGUACAAAGCAAAUUGCUGCAAGGUUUUUGUUGCCAUGGCUACACGUCUUCUGUUGCCAUAGAAACGGUUGGAUUAAUUCAAAUUGAUUAAAAUGGAGUGUUUUACCAGUUAUCGGAUAAUCAGCGUUCCUAGCUUAGAACCUAGCCUGGGUUGCCAGUGAAGCACAAUCCAAUGGUUCCUAUGGAAACUGCACACGUGUAAGGGCAAGAAGCUACAUUGGUUCGCAUCCUCUACAACUCAUGUGAAAAGAAUUCGUUACCAUGGCGCGACAAAAUGGGGUUAUUUCCAUGGAAACCAGCGUACACUGGCAUACAUUGAUCAGAGAAUCCACUUCAGUUCUCGUGUCUUAUGGAGUAGUCUUGAGUGUUCCAAUCAGAUAGUCUGAAAAGACAGAGGUUCAUAUUUAGUUGAGGAGGUUCGGACACAGCUAUAGAGGUGCUAUAAUUCGCGUUUACGGAUGCUCCUGUUUGACGCCUGGUAAAUAUUGUGACGGAUCUGCCAGUGUGACAUAAUGGUAGCAUCCUUUUACAUGUGCUUUCUUGGGAAAACAUUAAGUGCUCAACACUUCCCCAUGUCUCUCAUUUAUAAAUCUGAUUGACGGACACGUUCUCAUUGGCUAAUGUGAAAUUCCAAGCUCAAAUAACCCCGAAUAGAUCUUGCAAUGAAGAUGGAUUCGUAGGACGCCACGCCUAUCCUAAAGGUUCCAAUUCCUAGAACUUCAACUGCAAAUGUCUAUGUGGCUACUUCGUUGAGUCGUUAAAAGCAUUCACAAGUUUGAUGACUUGCAGAUUAGGCUCUAUUUCGGAACUUAUGUGCUCUAGGUGCCAGAGGCUUUGUCGCUCGCCCUCCUGUCGGCAUUCGUUCGUCACGUAUUCGGGCUCUCGGCGAUGCGAAAACCUCUGAGACCUAAGGUGGCAAUUAUAUUUACCUCCCCACAACUCUUUGCGACGCGCGCGUGAAACUGAGGCAAGGCGUCAAAAUUGUAAACAAGGGCUAAGUUUGUUUUUAUCCGCGUUAUCACGCGCACGUCGCAAAGAGUUAUGGGGUAGGUGAACUGGCCUGUUUGAGGUAACACUUCUAUAAUCGUGUUAAGAAAUCCCAACUCAUCAAUGUUUUCAGGAAUGAAUAGUACCAAGUGUCUACAGUGUAAUAUACGACGAGCUCGAACCACUGGUUUUGAUGGUAAACCCAGUCUUGAAACAUACACCAUAACGCCCGCAUAUAGCGAACCCACGUACAUUUCCCACUUUCGUAACAUGCAGAUAGUUCAGACAAUUUUCCACACGUUUUCUCCGUGUAGCGCAGUAAAUUAACAGUAAGAUUAAGGUUCACCAAGGGUCUUGUUAUCGUCCAGACGUUUGUAAAUGUGUGAUAGUCUUUCAGUAUAAUUUUUAUAUAUAGAAUCUUAAAACGAGUGCUG